GCCCCUGCAGUCAGCACAUUUGCUCGCAGCAGAAGGUCGUGGUUUGCUUGUACGUUAGGAACAAGCAGUUUCGGCCGCUUCCUGGAUGAUUAUUUUGGAGACUGUCACAUCCCAUCAUCAGCUGGUCGCUCCUCCCCUCCGCAGCGAGUUCACUCACUGCAUCCCUCUCGCUCUCUCUCUCUCCUUAUUGCUCUCUCUCUCUCUCGCUUCAAAACAGACUUUUCACCUUAAUACUGGCCGAACUUCAUUUUUUUUUUGGCUUUGUGAUUUGCUCCUGGUGUUUUUGUUUCCAUUUUGUUCCCCCCGCUACCUCCUGUAGAAUUCAGUAAUUUUGGAGGCACAGGGAAGGAUUUCUUCCUCAGCUGGUGUCGAAGGUUCCAGGAGGAAGAGGCGGGAUGGGACCGUUUAAUGAAUAUCACAAGGAUCAGAAGGUGCGAGAGAAGCGAAGUCCACGCAGCCGCAUCCCGAGACUGGUUCUCCGCCCUUAUCCCCACAUCCAGAAAGGAUCGCCCUCCUCCGAGUCCCCGAUCUCCGAGGAGGAGAGUCGGGAUUACGACCUGAGCUCCGGGCACUCCCGGAGGUCCACCACCGUCAGCAGCAUCAGCUUCUGUUCAGAUGAUACAGGAUGUCCCAGCAGCCAGUCAGUGUCUCCAGUUAAAUCCCCUUCGAAGUCAGCCAGUUCCCUGUUGACAUUUCCCACAGUGAGUGAAGAGGAAGAAAGUGGACGGAAACCAAACUCUGGAGCUGCAACAGAGUGGAGCGUUCAGCACGUCAAACACAAGAGGGAACAAACAUUAUGUCUGGUGCAACCAGGCAGUGAAGCUGACUUUAGUUCCUCCAGUAGCACAGGCAGCAUCUCAGCACCUGAAGGUCUUAUGUCCAGUACAGGUGGUAAGCGGAGCUCGGCUUCCCGCAGCCGUGGUGUUCAUGGGAGAGGUAAUGCAUCGAGUGGCCUCAAACAGUCGGGGAGCCCAACUGUAGCACGUGAGAAAGAUCCAGUCUCAGCAGUGUAUAGAAAUACAGCGAACAUUCGCGAUACCUAUGGAGCUUCAUCUCGCAGCAGUAGCAGUAACUCUGGUUCAUAUAAAGGCAGUGACAGCAGUCCAACUAUCAGGCGCUCUGGUAAAUACACUUCUUGCAGUGAUAAUCAUGGCAUUACGCCCCCAAACCCGGAGCAGUACUUGACUCCACUGCAACAAAAGGAGGUUACCAUUAGACAUCUGAGGACAAAACUAAAGGAUUCUGAAAGCAGCCUUCAAGAGAGGUGGGAAUCUGAAGUUGCAGAUCUCAAGUCCCAGCUUGCUCGCAUGCGGGAAGACUGGAUUGAGGAAGAAUGCCACCGAGUUGAAGCCCAGUUAGCGCUGAAGGAAGCUCGAAAGGAAAUCAAGCAACUACGUGAGGUGAUUGACACUAUGAAGAACAGUCUGGUUGAAAAGGACAAAGGUGUUCAGAAAUACUUUGUUGACAUUAACAUCCAAAAUAAGAAACUUGAGUCUUUGCUGCAGAGCAUGGAGUUAGCUCAGAAUGGUACUUCAAGGGAUGAUUCAUCUCUGGACUGCAUGUGUCCAUCACCAGUAAAGUCAUUGGCUCGAAGCACUACCUACACAAAAAUGACUGAAGCCAUGGGCCUAGAAGAUCAAGCAGUUGAAGAAAUGGCUGAUAGUGGUCUGUUGGCCAAUGAUGACAUGGCAAGCAGAACAGAUCUCUUUGAUCAAAUUCUUAGGUCAAAACCUGCUGAAGGUAGCCCCGGAGAUGGCUCUUGGCCUCAAACCGCGGAAAGGCAGGUAACACUUGUUAACAGGGCAGCACGUGAGAUUUCUGAUCAGAGUGGCAUGAUCUUUGUAACCAAUGAUAAUAAGCUGGUGAGGGAGCAGGCUAUUCAGACUGAUGUAGUACCGUAUAGCCCAGAUGUACAAAACCUCAUUCUGCAUAUUUUGAAAUCACAGCAUAAUAGCCCAGUCAGUCCCAUAUCUUCAACUUGGGUGUCAGAUGUCAGUCAAGCAGCAAGUGCCCCACAGUUUGAAACAAUAGUCAGUGAUGCCUUGCUGGAUUUGACUCCAAACAAUCCUAACACUGCGAUUCUAGUAUCUAAAGUGGAACCUGUUAACCAUUUCAUGAGCCCUGAGGCAUACACUUACAAUCAACAUUUGCCCAGAUUAAAACAUAUGACAGAACAUACUUUCACAUCCACGCCCGAUGUAACAGAUGGUGGUGAAUGUGUUGUGUCAGAGGAGCAGCCAUCUGCAUUGUGUCAGAAAAGCUACUGGAGCAGCCAUUUUAUCGUUGAUUUAUUGGCAGUGGCUGUUCCUGUAGUGCCAACUUUGGCAUGGGUAUUUUCCACACAUAGAGGAGGAACAGAGCCCCUGUACAAUAUUGGGACUCUGCUGCGUGGAUGCUGUUUGGUGGCCUUGCACUCUUUGCGCCAUACACCUCGCACACUGUUUUGCCACUCAGAUAAAAAUAAAGACAACCACUAAUUGCACUUCGAUUUUAGUUUAGGAUACUUGAAGAGUACUGGAAUUAGCUUAUUGCAUCGUCUUUGUAUGUGGCUAGGUGUGUUUCACCACAUCAGUGAGGUUUAAUUUGCACUGUUAAUAAGUAUAGAUAUAUUACUUGACUUAUGGUGGAAUGAGUUUACAGUGUUGCAAGCUGCUUUUGAAGAAUGGGUAAUGUGAAUGCUUUCCUUGAGUGAGGGGAAAUAAAUUUAUGUGGCCAAAGUUGAUCCACUACUGAGCACUAUGUCAAUAGACUUUGUAGCGGUGACGUUUUUGAAAAGACAUGGAAAAGUGAUGUAUUUUUGUUGACGUAUAUGGGCCUGGAUCUCAAUUUGAACACUGUUAUAGGCACUAAAGUACAGUUCUAAACACUUAUUCUUCCUGUUGGUGAAAACUGCCUUCAGAGUUUUGAACAGAAAAUAACUGAUACUGAUCUUCUAAGGCAGCUGGCUCCAGAAUCUGCUUAAACAUACUUUUCAAUGGCUUAUUACAGCUCAGCUGUGUACUUUAUUGCUGCUUUUAGAAGCUUAACAAGUUUAAUCGUCAUGCUGUACUUUUAAGUUGAUGAUAAAACUGAGUGCAACCAAAGUUUUUUGGUCUUCUGUUGUCUGUAUGUUUUUGAUGGUAUGGGAAUGUGUAAUGGAAACUGGAACCUCUUGUUACUGUUCAGUUGCAUCAGUACAAGCAUUGAUUAGUUGGAUCAAGUGAUAUUACAGUGACCUGUAUAAGUAGUUGCUACGUGCAGUACAUUGACAUGUUUUUAAAGUAAUCAACAAGAUGCUUUGUGUAUUUGCUUCUGGCAAAGGAAUUGCAUUUUUAUGAUUUAUGUGUUGUGUUCGAGCCAUGUGCAAUAUUGUUGAAUUGUUUACUUUUACUUUACUGUAUUUCAGAUGUUUCUAAAUUAAAGGUUAUAAAUUUAUUACAUUAAAGCAUGCCAGAAAAAAGUUA